AUGGGGGUCACGCUACGGUCCAGGGCCCCGCGGUUCCGGCUUGUCCACGUAAUCCCUCUUACUAUCUUGGCGCUGCUGCUGCUUUAUCUCAGUGCUCGGAGCCUGCGGGAGUUCUCAGGCUGCGAAUCGGGGGUACAAUCCUGCACGCCCAAAGGACUGCUGCCCUUCCAGAAACUAAGGCUCCAGCAAGAAUCAGGACUCAGGGAGAGCCUGGAGCGGGAAGAGCCUCCGUGUCUGGGCCCCCAGGGGAUGCUAGGCCGCAUGAUGAGGCCGUUCCGCGCCAGUCUGAACCCGGAAGGGGAUGUGGAGCUGUCGCAGUACCUGGCCGGAUGGAGGCAGCUAGUGAGAUUCCUAACUCCCCUCGGCUCCAUCUUUACUUUCGCCACAAGCGAGGCCUCUGCCAAGAUUAAAGCCCUCGAGACCAGAGUGAGAGGACUACAUGCCGCGCACUACACGUCUUUGGCGGCCAUGAUGGAAUGGGAGCGGCGGACAGGACUGCUGGACGAGGCACCCGGGACCGGCCUCCCGGACUCAGGCUCACGAACGAUGCUCUUGCUGCACCGCGCGCUGCGCUGGUCCCAGCUCUGUCUCCACAGGGUAGCGACCGGGACUCUCGGAGGCGCGGAGGCCGGCGUGCAGUGCAGCGACGCCUACGGAACGGCCCUGGCACCCCACCACCCCUGGCUCAUCCGUCAGGCCGCCCGCCUCGCAUUCCUCGCCUUCCCGGGUCGUGACCGGUUGCUAGAGCUGGCAUGUCCCGGAACCAGGGAGAUGGAGGCGCGAGCCGCGCUAGCCCUUGCCGCCGGCACCCUGGAGGAUGUCUACAACCGCACCCAGGGCCUGCUGGCCGAGAAUCGGCUGCUGCACCGGGCCUGA